UUGCGGACAUCCCACUUUUUUAUUUCUAUAUUUUCAAAAAAAUUACAGAUGUCUCUUCAUUUAACAUGGGAUAAUCAUCUCGAAAACCUGAGCAGCACAUUCGAAAAUCUCUUCGAAAAUAACAAACUGACCGAUGUGACGAUAGCCUGUAAGGACGGGUCUCUACUUGCUCACAAGUUGGUUCUCUCAGCUUGUAGUCCAUAUUUUGACAAGAUAUUACAGGAGAACCCAUGCAAACAUCCUGUGCUUAUUUUACGCGGGGUUUCGCUUAAAGAAAUGAAAACAAUUUUAGAGUUCAUGUACAAAGGUCGAAUCGAUAUUCCCGCCUUUUUGUUUAAUGAUUUGAUUUCAUUGGCUUAUGAUUUGGAAAUCAAAGGAUUCGAAAAUUUUCACGGAAAUACAGCGGGAUCAUUCAAUUCAACGAAUCCCAUACAAACGUAUGCAGACCAGAUCAGAAGCUCUUUAGAAAUUCAGGAAGGUCGGAUGCCCGUCGAAGCGAUUUUAAAUUCCGCCCCUGGAGAUGAGAGAAAUGUGUCUUUUUAUGAUACUUCCGGUUCAUAUUCCCAUAAAUAUGAGUCCGACACGCGUUUUAAGGGUCAAAAAAGAAUUUCUUUAGAGUCCCUUGAAUCGUUAGAGUGGCGCAAAAACCAAAAGCGAAGACAAGAAGAUCAUGGAAAAAUUUGUAAUUCAUAUUUUUCUGUUGGUGAUGCGGUUUCCAUGUCGAAUUCCCGAUACGGAGACCAACCUGCUCCACCCGUACCUUACAUGACAACGCCAGUAAUUUCGUCAGUUGGAACAAUUGAAGAUGAUGAAAAUCAUGAGGAAGUCAAUUCAGUCGAAAUUCCAAAUAAAAGAGAGAAUCCUUCAGAUGAUCAAGAUUACGUACCAAAUGAUAAAAGCGAAAAUAAAGUUAAAAAACCACAUCAAUGUGAGUUUUGUCGAAGUAGUUUUAGCAGGUCUUCCCAUUUAGCAAGACACCGAAGAAUGCAUACGGGUGAGAGACCAUUUAAUUGCACCCACUGUGGAAAAGAUUUUGCUCGUCAAGACAAACUUAAACAACAUAUUAGAAACAGUCACUUAAAUGUAAUGCCAAUAGUUGAAGAUAAGAAUUACAUCACCCUGACCGACGUAGAAACUCGGAAAGAGUCAGAUCUUCCCAUUAAAAUAAAAGUAGAAGAACCACCCCAAAAAGAACCAGAGCAAGUCCCCGAACCAGUUAAAGAAGUUGAUACACCCGAUCUGAGUGUUAACAAUAUCCCAACAACUAAUUUAAACAACGAUAGGCUCCAAGAAAUACCCACGGACUCCCCUUUGAAAAGAGGCCGAGGAAGGCCUAGAAAACAUCCAGUGAAAGUGCCCCUCCCAGGUCCAAAAAGAAGCAGAGGUCGACCUAGGAAAAUUAGACAAGAGAGCCUCGAAGAAAACAACGAAGUGUACAAUAAUUACUUUCAUAAUGAUUUACCAACGAUGAGCCAUCAUCAUCAUCUUGAAUCGUCAUCACAGGCAAAUGCCACUGAUGAAAAAACUAGAAUAGAUUCGUCCUCUUCCUCUGUCUCUUCAUCCUCUUCGUGUGAAGUAAAAACGUCAACACCUGAUGCUUCUGAAGAAGGAGCGACUAAAAGACAUCAAAACAUUGCUAUUGGUACCACCACCAAAGUUGGUAAUAUUAAGAAAAAGGAAUGCGAAGAAAGUAAUGGUAAAUAUCACAUAUCCGGGGAUGAAACGCCAAAAGAAAUAAAAGCGGAGAUAACAGAAGAAAACAUUGCAGAAUGUGAUUAUGUUACGUCAGGGGCUGAUAAGAGUGCAUCAGAUUCGUUGUUAUCGAUAAAAAAUAUUGGUGAAUGUACAGUGUCGUUAGCAGUGAAGUAACUAGUAACUAUUGCGAUUGUCAAAUAGUAUUAGCCGUGGUAAAAGAAAUGAUCAUCAUCAUCAUCAUAAUAAAAAGAGCGGACCAGUUUAUACUUUCGUAAAGACCGACAAACAUGGUAAUUACAAAUGGGGUGUAAGGCACCAUUUAGGCAAAAGGCAAAAAAGGUCCCUAGAAUAAGUUAUUAUUUAUUUUGUACAAAUUUAAUCGUUAUAGGUAAUGUUAAUAUUGUUACUUCAUCUAUUAGGAAGUCCAGUGUAAUAAUAUG